ACUACAAAAAAAACCUGAAACAAAUCGCUAAACCCUAUCCCCCGUUCGUAUACCCCCAUCACCGCCUCCAUCACCAUCGACGUUCCCCAGCCAUCUCCGGCUCCGGCGUCCCCAACCGUCUCAGGGCAAAUAUAUAUUCGAGUCAUAGGCUGCGAGUACAAUCACCCUCUUCUCUACACUCUCGUCUAUCUCUUCAUCGUUGCAGAGCUGCUCUUAUCUCCCAUCUCUGUUGGCUCAUCUCCUAGUCGAACAAAAAUCAGAACCCCAAUUGAAACCAGAGAGAAAUAAAGCUUCAAUCUACAAUGGCUAAUCGACGAUCUUUUCAAACGCUAACCCAACAACUCUACAAGGCAACACUUCAUCCAAAGCCAUCGUUAUCUCUUCAGCACCUAAGAACCCUGUCCCAGAUGCCAAAUUUCCCUCAAAAGUCCUUACACCCUACAUCUCGCGAAACUUUUUUAACCCCUAACCUCGAUUCUUCAUCGACUCAUUUCAGAACAUAUCGCCAUUUCUCGUCUGAUCAACACGAUAACAGUGAUAACGAUGAUGAAAGUGAAGAAGAUGAUAGUGAUUAUGAUGAUGAUGAUAUUGGGAAUGAUGCGGGGAAUUCUGUUUUAAAGAGGGAGUAUUCACCGGAGGAGAGAGAAAUUGAGGCUGCUGCUAUUGGGUAUAAGGUGAUUGGGCAGCUUCAGCGGUCAGACCGGGUUUUUAACCCGUAUGAACCUGUUUUUGCUGUUAUUCAGAUUGGAGCACACCAAUUCAAGGUGAGCAAUGGGGAUUGCAUAUAUACGGAGAAAUUGAAGUUCUGUGAAGUGAAUGACAAGCUAAUUCUAAAUAAAGUUCUCAUGCUUGGUUCUAAGACUCAGACAAUGAUUGGUCGACCUGUAUUGCCUGAGGCAGCUGUUCAUGCAGUCGUGGAAGAGCAUGCAUUGGAUGCAAAAGUCAUCAUAUUUAAGAAAAAGAGAAGAAAGAACUAUAGGCGAAAAAAGGGUCAUAGACAGGAAUUGACAAAGCUAAGGAUAACUGAUAUCCAAGGAAUCGAAAAGCCAGAAAUGCCAACCUCUGCAAAGACCGAAAAGGCUGCUGCAAAGAAGGUAGAAAAGGCAGCAGUUGCUGCAUAGGGUAAACUUUUCGUUAGGUGAUAGCGUCUUGUUAUAAUCUCUUUUUUCCCAUUCUUGUUUGUUGGUGUCUUCUGUCUCUAGAUUGAUAUCAUGCCAAUGAUCAUUUAAAAUCAAGCAUAUAUGUAGGCAUCUAGACCGAUCUUGUUUUGUUGUUGGUCGGUAUGAGAUUGUGCAUCAAAUAAGUUUGCAUUUUGUCACAUUUUCAUCUUUCGCCUUUA